CGGAGGAGUCGUGCUCGAGCGGUUCUCCGCGGCAUAGCCCUCGCUCGAGUUCGCUCGAGGCGGUCUGCGGGACCGGGGUAGCCCCAGGAGUUGAAGAUACUGGAAAUCUAUCAGGCUCUAAGUUUUUUGUAAGCCAGAGGAUGAGUAACCAGUGGACACAAGAAGUUGAAAACAUUUGACUUCACUGCAAACCCUGGUAUAACUUGCUUUUCUAUACGUUGGAGCCAAAGAACAAAAUGAGUACGAGAAAGCGUCGUGGUGGGUCAGUAAGUUCUAGACAAGCACAGAAGCGAACUCGGGAAGCAGCUGCCACCCCUGAGAUUUCCUUGGAAGCUGAACCCAUAGAGCUUAUGGAAACUGCUGGAGAUGAAAUUGUGGACCUCACCUGUGAAUCUUUGGAACCAGUGGUUGUCGAUCUGACUCAUAAUGACUCUGUGGUGAUCGUUGAUGAAAGGAGGCGGCCAAGGAGGAAUGCAAGAAGGCUGCGCCAAGACCAUGCGGACAGCUGCGUGGUGAGCAGCGAUGAGGAGGAGCUGUCCAGGGACAGAGAUGUGUAUGUGACCACCCACGCUCCCAGAGGCGCGAGGGAGGAGGGGACCACAGGCCCCAGGCCCUCCGGUACUGUCAGUUGUCCAAUCUGCAUGGAUGGGUACUCUGAGAUUGUGCAGAACGGUCGUCUGAUUGUUUCUACAGAAUGUGGCCAUGUCUUCUGUAGCCAGUGCCUCCGUGAUUCCCUUAAGAAUGCUAACACUUGCCCAACUUGUAGGAAAAAGAUCAGCCACAAACGGUACCACCCCAUUUAUAUAUGAAAUGGUCAGAUCUGCUCAGGAGAGAACAAUGGACAGACAGCCAUCUGGGCUCUACACAUGCUACUGCCUCCAGUUUCCUGAGCUCAAAACGACUGUUUCAAAACCAACUGGUUUGAAAACUGCUCUUUGGUUUCCAACACCCUCAGAUCCUCUUGUUACCCUGUUUGAUGCUUUUGGAGCUGGAUCCAGGGGCACUCCCAGCCCGCUCUGCCUCUCUGCUCCUCUGGAGUGGUCCUAUCCCUGAGUGGGAGAAAAGGAGACAGACAUGAUUGAGGUGAGCCUCUUUCCGGAGCCACAUAUUUGCCAAGAAAUUUCUCUCAUGGGAACACUUGCCCCAGCUCUCCUGGGAGCAGGACCUUCCUACACAUCUGCCAGUCGACCAGUCUGCUACACAGUGACGCAGCCAGACAUGUGCCAGCUGACCCAGUCUAACCACUGGACGUUGUUCUUUCUUCCCUUGAGAGUCAGAGGUGACCCAUGAUUCCGCCUGCACCUUACCAUUGAUGUGCAGUGUUUUCUGCAAAUCAAGAGAACCUCUCUGCAGGGCAUCCUGUUUCCUAAGAACAAGAGAGUGCAAUAAAGCCCGUUGUUUACCUGCUCUUCUGCUGCCCAGGAGAUGUAGCACUGCUAAUGUCCUCACAACCCAGCCUGGCCUGCGGAGCAGGGCCCACCUCACCCCAUCUCUGCUCACCAACUGUUCUCAGGAACCUUAACCGUGUUCCAAAGUUACUCACCUGGCACAGGACAUGCAAGGCCAAUAGGGCAGUCACUUGUUUGGAUGUCCUCUGUUCUGAUAAAAUAAGUCCUGUGUGGGCCACAAGUCCUCUAGUCAUUUCCCACUGCCUAAUAUCUGCCUAAAUGUAGGUAGCGAGAGUUUGGUGGCAGUGAUUGUGGCCUUACCAGCCGCUCACUUUCCGUGCAUUUCCCCAGGUCACUGUCGUCCCAUUAAUAGAUGUUGGCCACCUGACCUGACGCGUCGCUUGGCUUUCUUACCUCUCUUCCUUACUUCAGAAGCUGCUCUUCUGGACAGUUGGGUUUUGAUGCUUUGGGCUUUAGACUGCGCCAUAUAUUUUGGUCAAGGCAUGGUGGUUCUCUCUCCCCAUCAGGCUGCAUAAACCUCUGCUCCACUCUGCAGGUGUGGGAACCUCAGGUUCUCUGGAAGGUGUCAAG